CUGGCACAGAGGGGGCGGGGCGCAUGUGGACCUCGGUUUGCCACUCGGGUCCAGGGUUUGGAGCAGUCUGGGUUAAUUUCCGCUCGGUUCACGUAACUUCUCUGCAGCGAAGGCCGCCGCCAUGUCCAACAACAAUGCCAGCAACAACCUAAUAAUCGCCCAGAGGGCCGUGAAGCAGCUCCGGCUAGAGGCCAGUGUCCGGAGGAUCAAGGUGUCCCAGGCUGCUGCUGAGCUGAGAAACUUCUGUGUGCAAAAUGCCUCCAAGGACCCUCUCCUGGUCGGGGUCCCCUCCAGUGAUAAUCCCUUCAGACCCCCUAAAUCCUGCUCCCUGUUCUGAGAAAGAAACAUGGAAGGAUUUCUUCACUUCUACGUGACUUCUCUGUAGAUCCACCAGCUCCUCUCGGGAUGAUGCAACGCGGGAAUGAUGGAUGGAGGGGUGGGGUGGGAUGGGGUGGGGGGUGUUGAGGGUCCACUUGUUUGCCAAAACUAAUGGUAUCAUAACUCCCAUCUGUUACAUUUAAAGCAGGGCCAAACUCUACAUGUUGUUAUUGACACUAGCCUGACUAAUGAUUAAGCUGGUCUCGUUUUGCCUCGUGCUUAACAUGCCUGGCCUCCCUGGCUUAACAUUGUCUGUCUCCAGUCAGUCAGUGAAAUGCUGUCCAUGUGACUGGCUGCUGAGGUUACUAUUUCCUCUUGUGUUUUGUGUGUUACAGUCAUAUAAUUAUUAAUAGUAAUGAAUGCAACCAGGUGCUGUUCAAGAAUAAGAGCAUGUAUUGUUAUGUGCACAGUGGGGUCCAAUGUCCCAUUCCCUUAAGUGGGGAAAGUUGUCUCAGACUUUUGGACCUCACUGUUCACUGUAUUUCAAUAAAAUAUUAACUAUGCACGUGGCCAACAGACAUUCUGAUCCCUUGUGUGCUAAAAUGAUUGGUGGUUUAAACUACUCAUAAAUUAUAAUGAUAUAUAAUAGCUUCGGUGUUAGUACUAUUGUGAGGUAGGACAGUACUGUACAGACUUUUAAUUCUUUCAGUGCAGGAUGUGUGAUUGUACACCCCGUCCUUUUUCUGUACAUAUUUAACAGCCUGUUAAGGCUGCUUAUCUGUUCGUGUCUUCAAUUUAAAAAAGAAAAUCCACAUCAUGGCCUUACACUAUUUGGAUGUGAAACCUGGUCCCAAAUUUAAUGUAACACUUUGUCUGUAUUUGUGUUUAAUGAAUCUUGCUGCAGAGACUUGUUGCAUCAAUUGAUUUCCACGCUGAAAUCUUAUUCCAAUCAACCAAAACCUUUCACUACUGUCAGCUUUUAUCUUUCUUAACUUUGCUACUAUGGGCAAUCUUGUAGGAAAUAAAUGACUUUUUUUGGACAUUGAA